GGCAGGGACGCGCCCAAAGACGUGGGCAAAAUCAGACACACGAGCGCACUUAUCUUUGCGUUUGGUUAUUGUUUUAGACAGGUCCUAUCACCAGACUACAGAACUGUUAUCGCCAGGCCAGCCCAUUUGGAUUAUAGCCCUUUGGUUACUUAGGCUACAUGGAUUUGUUUGUCUGUAACAAAUUAAUGGAGUGGGGUUUGGAUGACUGGAUACAUUUAUUUCAAGCAGCAAAAGUUGACAUGCACAGACUGUACUGUCUUGAAGACUCUGAAAUUGAUCACUUGAUUCAUAAGAUUGGUCCAAGGGCCAAGUUUAAAAAAUAUCUAAAGGGAUUAAAGAGUCAACAAACAUGUGAUCAUGAAAAACAUACUGAACCAAAAUUUGAAGAGCCAUCCUUUGCUGAGGUUUUUUCAUGCACCUGCUGUAGUGGCAAAGAUGACUGUAUUAGAGAAGAAGGAAUUUUAAAGACUGUGAAAGAAAUCAUGGCACAUGUUGAGGAAAAACUAAGAAAAGACACCACAGAACUCGGUGAUUUUCUGAGGAAUGAACUAAACAAUUUGAAGGAAGAAAAGAGAGAACUGGUUGGGGUCUUUGGCCAAACUGGGGCUGGAAAGAGCUCUUUGAUCAAUGCAGUCAUCGGAGAGAAAGAUCUUUUGCCUACUGGAAGUCUGUCCGCUUGCACCACAGUCCUGAUCAAAGUGGAGACUGCUCAGAGCAAACAGUAUGAAGCAGAGAUUGAUUUCAUCCCAGUAAUGGAGUGGGAAGAUGAGUUGUGGUCUGCAAAAAACCUUUUUGGGGAGACACAAAAUUAUGAAAAUGAUGAUGAGGAUGAUGGUGAAUAUAUUGACCUUACAGAGAAGUUAGAAGCAUUUUAUGGAGAUAUUUGGAAAAACAAAUCAGUUGAACACUUGAUGGCCCCAAAAUAUUUCAGAGAAAUACCAGAAUUUCUCCGCUCUGUGAAGAAGACAUUAACUUGUGAAACAGCCAAAGAACUGAAAGAGAAAAUAGCUCCAUAUACUAGAAGUGACGUUAUUGACUUAAAUAAGAGGUUGUUCUGGCCCCUGGUGAAGUGUGUGACUGUGAGAGUACCAAACAAUGUCCUUCUUAAACAUGUCACUUUAGUGGAUCUUCCUGGAAAUGGGGACCGGAAUAAGAGCAGAGAUCAGAUGUGGAGAGAGAUUAUAGAUAGUUGCUCAACUGUGUGGAUUGUGACUAAUAUGAAUCGUGCAGCAGCUGACAGAGAUGCUUGGGAAAUCCUGACAAGUGCAUGUGGCCUCACUGAAAAUGGUGGCAUUUGUCAGAAUAUUCACUUCAUCUGCACCAAAACUGACAAAGUAGAUGUCGAUGAAGUGCCUGAUGUUCAGCGUUACAUAUUUGACAAAAAUAUGUCCGCUAAACUCCUAGUAAAGGAAGAAAUUAAGAAAUUUACAACUAUGAAGAAACAUUUGAAAGGGGACUGCCUUGAAGUAUUCACAGUGAGUUCAAAGGAAUUUAUAAAGCCAAAAUACUUACAACCAAAAGAAACAGAAAUACCCAAACUCAGAGAGUUCCUUCAUUGUCUAAAUGAGCUUCAUGGAAAAACACUGAACUAUGUUAAUGGUGUCCAUCGAAUUAUUUUUCUCAUGAAAGAAGCAACCACUAAUAUGGCACAGCAGCGAACACAGCUGGUUGCAGAACUAAACAAAAUCAUAAAAGACAAUCUUUUAAAAGUCCAAACAUCCAUGCAUGAUGCAUAUAUGACUUUUGACAAAUGUUUGUCUAAAGGUGCAGAGAACUCCAGAUGUUUUUGCCAAAAAACUCUAUGGGAAAAAAUACACAAUGUACCAGGCAGUGCUUUCCACUCAACAUUAAAGUGUGCUGUUGAAAAUAACGGGGUCCACAGAUCAAACCGGGGGGAAGUGAUCAAUCUCAACUCAGCAUUGUCUGCAUUUCUGACCAAAAGCAUUCAAGAGGAUUUCCGAAAGGCUUUCCCAAACAAUGGAAAAUCAGGAAACUUUUAUGGAGCCAUCCACAAAUUUUCACUGGGCACAGCAGUACUAAUGCAAAAAUACAAAGAGCUCAACUUACAACUUUUAUUUAUCAGAGCACAGGAAGAAAAAAUUAAAACAAGACUUAUUAAAAUAAUCAGAAACCGCAAGAAAAUGAUCUACAACAGUCUAGCACAGACUGUGAAAGAAACUAUGCAAGAAUGCUACAAAAAAGCAGCAGGCUCAAGUGGCAAAGGCAGUCUAGAAAGAAUGAGACAUACACUUGAGGCCUACAUCCAAGAAGUAAAGGAUACAAUGUUUGACUGUGCCAAAGCUAAUAUGUUGAGCCAGCUCCAAACCCUGAUGAAUGAUGUCCUAAAUACAUUGAGUGAGAACUUGCACAAAGCCAUUGAGCUGUCAUUGACAAGAGAAAUGUCUAUUCCAGAUAUCUCCAGUGAAUUUGAUGAAGUUACAAAACACCAAAAUGAACUGAUGAGCACAGACGAAGAAGAUGAUCUACUUUUGUAAGAAUUGUCAGACUCAGAUAUGGACAUGCUCUGAUUCUUCCUGAAGAAUUGAAAAUAUUCUUUGUUUAUUUAUCCUAGCUAGCCUAGUCUUUUACUUUUCACAGUGGUUCACAACUGACAAUGCAUGUCUGACAUCAGUGAGUAGCUGAAUUGUAUAAAUCUAUGGCCCUAAUGUUGCAUACUUCAUAAGAAGCAGUUACAUGAGAAUGAACAUUUUCCAGACUACGAGAAUGCCUUGAGUAAAAACAAAUGUGAAAUUAAAGCCACUUGUGGCGAUGAUGGCACUCGCCCCAGUGCACACGUCUCUCCCCGACAGCCGCUCAGGCCUCUAUCUGAUUUUCACCUUAUUUCCAGUGUCCCAGAGGAACACUGUGUGGUCCAGGACAUUGAACCAACAAUUUUGUGCAAUACAGUUUUGGUGUAACUAACUGUAUUGACAGGAGUGACCAAAAUAAUGUCUUUGCCGAUUUUCCAUCACUUUGACUUUGCAUGAUUCACAGAACUAUAGUUACAUAAGUAACUGUCAUUGUACGCACCUCGUAAUGACAUCUUUAUUUGUGGCUGUGAGAAGUCAUCAAAGAAGCAGGAAACUAAGGUGUUUUUCACCGUGUUCUAUGGGCAAAGCAGGGGUCUCCAACCUGUAGCUCGGGAACUACCAGUAGCUCUUCAUCUUCCAAGUAGCUCACCAAAAGAUUUCUCAAUUAUACACAUUAUGCUGAAUGACUCAAAUUUGAUGAAAUACUAUUGUAAAUGUAGCAUUUUGAUGCCUGACCUUGUGCACUAAUGAAUGGAUAAUGAUUUACUGUAUGUUUUAUAGGUAUCUAACUGUUAACUAUCUGAGGCUUUCCUAUGCUCAGUUUCUUGUGAACGUUAAAAUUAGAAGCUCUUUGGCAUUUUCUUUUUGUAAAGAGUACCAAAACCUAAGUAUAAAAAACGUUGUUCACCUUUGUCUCUAGAUGUGACAUGCCAAAUCUGAACUCAUUUGGACGAAAACACUUGGACUUGACUUGACUGUGUUUUUUGUCAUAGUGAGAGACUUUUAGGUGGUGCUGUUGAGUUAGGUCACUUUGGACAUUGUUGCGAUGCGCAUUUUAUCAAAUUUUUUGCCAGACUGGUUGGCCCCACACCCGGUUUGGGGACUUUUGGUCCAAGGUCACAGGGACAAAAAUGCAAUCUACUACCAAGAAGAAAAAUAAUACGAAGAAACCGACUAAGAACAAUAUUUCCCAGAGUGCCUUGAUUGUGAAAUAUUUCUUAUUUGUUCUCAGACUUAAACUUUAUUGACCCACAAGGGAAAUUGCUUGUCUUGAUCUUGAUCAAAACAAAAUAAACAACCAAAACAAA